AUGAGUCCACCUCGGCUAUUUUUGCAGAUCACUGGGAUGAGUGCUAUUAUGGAGAGCAAACCGUUCAAGCCAGACGAUUUUAUCAAACAAGAACCGUAUAUUAAGGAAGAGUACGGUAGUGGUGGGGGAGACAUACUGUCACAGCAGAUCAUGCAUUGUCAGCCGAACACGCAGCAGACUCUCAGUUGGGACAAUCUUCCGUUUGGAUCGAUGAAGUACCAGGUGUCGAAACAGAGUGCAACACCGUACACUGAUGCGACAAAUUGUAAGAAGUCGAGUAAUCACAUUAAACGACCGAUGAACGCAUUCAUGGUGUGGUCACAGUUGGAGCGACGUAAAAUCUGUGAACAUCAACCAGAUAUGCAUAAUGCGGAGAUCAGUAAGCAGCUUGGCUCACGUUGGAGACAGUUGACUGAGGAGGAGAAAUCACCGUUCGUUGCCGAAGCCGAACGAUUGCGCUUAAUGCAUAUGCAGGAGUAUCCAGACUACAAAUACAAGCCUCGCAAGAAGCCGAAGAAGAAUCCCGAUGGCACACUACAGAAUCCACCUCCCACCAACGGUCCAGCAUCUCCAAGGAACAAACCACUAAAACGAUCGUUACCGCAUGUUGCAUCCAUUGGAAUGACCAUAUCCGACCAACAAUAUCCUUUGGGAAAAUCGGUUAAAAUUGAUCAUGAUGGAGUACGAACGAACGCUGGAAUGAUGCCGUACAUGACGAUGAUACAGGAUGACAUCAAAAGUCCGCAACACGUGAAGCAGGAGACUCGGCUAUUCCAUCCCUCCUUCCCCUCACCAUCUGAUUUCGGUCAAGCACCUUUAACUCCGGAAUCCGGCUUCUACGAGGAUUAUUACGGUUCAGGAGGUCCCUACGCUAACCCUACCACAGCAAGCCCACCGAAUCAACUGCUGAUGCCUGUGCACAGAUUGCCAACAAUGGAAUCUGGAAUGAUGGCACAAUUUCCCGGACCACAGCACUCUACACCUCAACAACAACAACAACAGCCUUUUUUCGUGCAAACAUCACCUAGUGUACAUAAUCCUCAAGAACAGGACGACAUGCGCUCAUUAUCGUCAGGAUCGUCCGGUUAUGGAUCAGUGCAAGCGGAAUGCGAGCAACCAACCUUCCCAGCUCCUGCUCCACAACCACCCGUUUCCGUAUCCUCGCAGUCCGCACAGUUCGCUGCUACCGAAGCCGAACUCUUACCGUCCAUCUACGAUUUCAACUUCACCGCGGCUGUGAAUGCUUCGAACGGAUGGAGUGAGAUGUGGCAGAACCAUCUGGCGAACGGUCACGCGUUCGAUCACAUCCCAAUUUAG